AUGCCCUGUGUUCAGGCUCAGUAUGGGUCCUCGCCUCAAGGAGCCAGCCCGGCCUCCCAGAGCUACAGUUACCACUCUUCGGGAGAAUACAGCUCCGAUUUCUUAACUCCGGAGUUUGUCAAGUUUAGCAUGGACCUCACCAACACUGAAAUCACUGCCACCACUUCUCUCCCCAGCUUCAGUACCUUUAUGGACAACUACAACACAAGCUACGACGUGAAGCCACCUUGCUUGUACCAAAUGCCCCUCUCCGGACAGCAGUCCUCCAUUAAGGUGGAAGACAUUCAGAUGCACGGCUACCAGCAGCACAGCCACCUCCCCCCCCAGUCCGAGGAGAUGAUGUCCCACUCGGGCUCCGUCUACUACAAGCCCUCGUCGCCCCCGACCCCCUCCACACCCGGCUUCCAGGUGCAGCACGGCCCCGUAUGGGAUGACCCCGGCUCCCUGCACAACUUCCACCCCAACUACGUGGCCACCACGCACAUGAUCGAGCAGCGCAAAACGCCCGUCUCCCGCCUCUCCCUCUUCUCCUUCAAGCAGUCGCCCCCUGGCACCCCCGUCUCCAGCUGCCAGAUGCGCUUCGACGGGCCCCUCCACGUCCCCAUGAACCCCGAGCCGGCCGGGGCCCACCACGCCGUGGAUGGCCAGGCCUUCGCUGUCCCCAACCCCAUCCGCAAGCAGCCCUCCAUGGCCUUCCCCGGGCACGCUCCGCAGCUGCUCGACAGCCAGGUGCCCUCGCCCCCGUCGCGGGGGUCCCCCUCCAACGAGGGGCUCUGCGCCGUCUGCGGGGACAACGCCGCCUGCCAGCACUAUGGCGUCCGCACCUGCGAGGGCUGCAAGGGCUUCUUCAAG